AUGUUAUCAAACAAAGAAUACGCUGCUCGUGUGUUGGUGAAGGCACCUGACUGCUGCUGCUAGAAGCCGCGGCUCUUCCAUUCGCAACCGCACAAAAGAGCGUACGCUCAAUGAAUCAAUAAUCCUGCGGUCAUUAUUCCCGUUGUAGCAGUCGAGGAAACCCAAACAACAAGAUGAUAAAGUAUCUGCUAGUAGUAGCAGUAACGGUACUGUUGGCCUUAGCCAACGGCCAGAAGCAGCGCAUCCAUCCGCUGUCGGAGAAGUUUAUCGCCCAGAUUAACGCCAAAGCAAGCACAUGGAGGGCCGGACAAAAUUUCGCACCGGAAACAUCGAUGUCCUACAUCCGGGGUCUGAUGGGGGUGCACAAGGACGCGGACAAGUUCAUGCCACCGGUGCAUCUUCACGAUCUUGAGGCGGACGAUGAUCUGCCAGAGAACUUUGACUCCCGUGAGCAGUGGCCCAACUGUCCAACGAUUCGGGAAAUUCGUGACCAAGGCUCGUGCGGUUCGUGCUGGGCUUUCGGAGCCGUUGAGGCCAUGUCCGAUCGUAUUUGCAUUCAUUCCGAGGGGAAGGUUCACUUCCGAGUGUCCGCCGAGGAUUUGGUAUCGUGUUGUCACACCUGCGGAUUUGGCUGCAAUGGGGGCUUCCCUGGUGCUGCCUGGAGCUACUGGGUUCGCAAGGGUCUGGUGAGUGGAGGCCCGUUCGGAUCGGACCAGGGUUGUCAGCCAUAUGCGAUCGCUCCGUGCGAACACCAUGUGAACGGAUCCCGUCCUUCCUGUGAGGGUGAGGGUGGAAAGACCCCGAAGUGUGUUAAGAAGUGUCAGGCCAGCUAUAACGUUCCGUAUGCCAAGGACAAGCGGUUCGGCAAAUCGUCGUACUCAAUUGCCCGUCACGAAGGGCAGAUUCAGAAGGAAAUCAUGACUAACGGACCGGUCGAGGGUGCAUUCACGGUUUACGAGGAUCUGUUGCACUACAAAGAGGGUGUCUAUCAGCAUGUGGCUGGGAAAAUGCUCGGCGGACAUGCGAUCCGCAUCAUUGGCUGGGGCGUGGAGAACGAUACCAAAUACUGGUGGAUCGCCAACUCAUGGAACAGCGAUUGGGGCGAUAAUGGAUACUUCAAGAUUCUUCGCGGAGAGGAUCAUCUGGGCAUCGAGAGCUCGAUUGCCGCUGGUUUGCCAAAGAUCUAGAGACGAGAGGCUAUAGGCGCAAGACGUAUAAGACUAAGCGGAGAAAAGCUAGGCGUUCCAUGUGAUGCUGAUAGAUAAUUUUACGUAGAUUUUAACAAGGUUCACACUUUAUGAGAAAUUGUACAAUUCUUGAAAUUACCAAAUAAAAAUAAAUUUCAACAAUUAA